CAAGAAAUUAGCUAAUAAUAAAUGGUCUAGUAGGGGCCAAUAGUACUUCAAAUUUUCCACCUCACGUUCUGCUAUUACUCUACUGCCCUGCCUUGAUCCCUGGCCAAAAGUUUCAUACAUAUAUUUGCAUGAUUACAAGCAUUUGUAGCUAACUGUGUUGCCAUACAUGAAAUACAGGUAAGUUAAAUACACAGGUAAGUAAUACUGGAACAAAUGUUUGGUUUAGUUAAAACAUUUUCCUGUCUUUUUUUUUGGAGCACCCAUGUCAAUGUUUUUCCCACCCACUUUUCAUAAAGGUCAUCAGAUUGUCACAUGCAAGUGUUUCUGGAGUAAAUUCUUGUUUUUAUUUCCUUGUGGCAUUUUCUUUUAUGUCUAAUGUGUGCUUUUCAGCGAUGAGCUGAGACCUAAGAAUGCAGAAAUUUACCUGUCUUGAGACAAGAUUAGUUUUAAAGACAACUAGGAUUUCUCUCAAACAGCUCAGAGUGAUUUGGGAAAAUAGCAAAUUUACACAAUUUUCCAUUUUAGACCAAGUACAGUAUCUGUCAUUUGCUUUUUGACUUUGCACUGUGACUCUGUAGCCAAUUUAGAACCACAUAUGGGUGUGAAAGUCAGGUGUCCACAUACUUUUUUUUGGUUAUGUAGUGUAUAUACCCACACACUGUAAUUAUAUGCCUCACACCGAAUCCAGUGUAAGUAGUGAUUUUGGUGGAGGUUUACGCCAAAGCCACACCCUGAAACAAUCUGCCUAGGUUAGAAUGCCUGUCAGUCAUGUUUUCUGUCAGUGUGAAAGCUCACACUCUUGCAACAGGAUUCAGAUAAGUAGAGAUGUCCUGUUGGCCUAAUUGGUUGGACAUUGGUAGUCCUCGUAAUGAUGUUUUGGUUUACAGAACUGGGCCAGCCAGAGCAGCUAUUUAGUUUGCAAGUUUGCUAGAUAUUACAAUUUUCCACUUACAUGUACACCAAUCAACCAUAACAUUUAAGCCCCUGCCUAAUAUUGUGUAGGUCCCCCUUGUGCCGUCAAAACAGCUCUCACCCGUUGAGGCAUGGACCCCACAAGACCUCUGAAGGUGUGCUGUUGUAUCUGGCACCAAGACGUUAGCAGCAGAUUCUUUAAGUCCUGUACAUUGCGAGGUGGGUCCUCCAUGGAUCGGACUUGUUUGUCCAGCACAUCCUACAGAUACUAGAUCGGACUGAGCUUGGGGAAUUUGGAGGCCAAGUCAACACCUUGAACUCCAUCAUGUUCCUCAAUCCAUUCCUGAACGAUUUUUUGCAAUGUGGCAGGGUGCAUUAUCCCGUUGAAAGAGGCCAAUGCCAUUAGGGAAUCUGUUGCCAUGAAGGGGUGUACUUGGUACUUGCAACAAUGUUUAGGUAUGUGGUAUGUGUCAAAGUAAAAUCCAUAUGAAGGCCAGGAUCCAAAGUUUCCCAGCAGAACAUUGCCCUGAGCAUCACACUGCCUCCCAGCUUGCCUUCUUCCCAUAGUACAUCCUGGUGCCAUCUCUUCCGCAGGUAAGUGACGGCCACUCACCUGGCCAUCCACAUGAUGUAGAAGAAAACGUGAUUCAUCAGACCAGGCCACCUUCUUCCAUUACUCCAUCGUACAGUUCUGAUGCUCACAUGCCCAUUGUAGCCACUUUAAGCAUUGGACAGGGGUCAGCAUGGGCACUCUGAUGCAGCGAGCUUCAAAUGCACUGUGUUCUGACACCUUUCUAUCAUAGCCAGCAUUAACUUUUUCAGCAGUUUGUGCUACAGUAGCUCUUCUGUGGGAUCGGACCAGAUGGGCUAGCCUUCGCUCCUCACCCACAUCAGUGAGCCUUGGGUGCCCAUGACCCUGUCGCCGGUUCACCGGUUGUUUUUCUGUGGUUAGGUACUAACCACUGCAUAGCGAGAACACCCCACAAGACCUGCUGUUUUGGAGAUGCUCUGACCCAGUCGUCUAGCCAUCACAAUUUGGCUCUUGUCAUAGUCACUUAGAUCCUUACGCUUGCCCAUUUUUUCCUGCCUCCAACACAUCAACUUCAAGAACCAACUGUUCACUUGCUGCCUAAUGUAUUUCACUCUUUGACAGGUGCCAUUGUAAUGAGAUAAUCCAUGUUACUCACUUCACCUCUCAGUGGUUUUAAUGUUAUGGCUGAUUGGUAUAAUGUAAAUAAAGUAAAGGAAAACUCUUCUACCUUCAUGUAACAUCUCAGACUAACGUCUCACACCAUUGUGGUUUACACUCCUGCUGUUUGUACUUUAAGAGUGUUCUUCACCCAGUAUGCUUAAUGAGAUUGGAGGAUACAGAGCGAGAAAUCUCAGAUCACUCUUUAAUACAGAAUCUGUCCAGAUCUUCCUUGGUCUUAUGUUCUCUUUUGUGGAGUCUGCUCUUUAUCUCAGCCCACAGCCAUUCAAUGGAGUAUAGUUCAGGGAACUGGGAUGGUCGUGCCAGAAGAUUGAUUCUGUGGUCAUUGAAACAUUUUUGUGUGAAUUUGGACAUGUGUUUUAGAUCAGUGUCCUGCUGAAAGAUAGAACCAUGACAUAGUAGUAGCUUCUUGGCAAAUGCGGCCAAAUGUUCAUUUAAAAUAUACUUCGUGAAGUUUGACACCAUGUACCCUAACAUGGUUCCCAGGGCCUAGGACCAUACUUAACAGUGGGGAUUCAGUUCUUUUCUGUAUAACCCUUUUAUUCCAAACCCAGAAAAUUCUAUAUUUGUCUCAUCUGACCAUAGAACCCAGUUCCAGUCAAAGUUCCAGUAGUGUCUACUGAACUUCAGGCACUUAUAUUUGUGGUUAGAUGAAAGAAAAGGCUUUAAUCUGGCAUGCCUUCCAAAUAGUUUGUUGUCAUGGAGGUGGUGUCUAAUUGUAGAUUUGGAAAUUUGGUGACUCCAACAUGCUGCCAUCUUCUGCAAAUCUCCAGCCGUAAUGCCUCUCUAACUAUAACCAUAACCAGCGUCCUGUGUAUGUAUGAGGAGUUAAAUACAGUUUCUUCCUCUUCCAGGCAAGAUCAUUAUAGCUCCGGUUGUUUUAAUCUUCUUACAUAACCCUGAAAGUGGAUAUGGGUAUUUUCAGGCACGUAGCUAUUUUUAUAGCCAUUGCCUGAUUUAUGAAGGUCAACACACUUUGCUCAAUUUAUUUUGUAUUCUCUAAUCCUCCCCAUGUUGAUGAAUGACUAAGAGAUUUUGGCUUCUGUUAUCUCAGCAAAACAGGAAGUCAUGGAUGACUGUUGAAGAGUUCUUAUACAUUCAGGUGAACAUAAAGUAAAAUAUAAAUGUGAAUACUCCUCUUUUUUAUUCUUAUGAAUUUCUAGGAAUACCAGUAAUAGUGAGAUAAGGGAUUUUUGAGUUCAGCAUGCAGUUUGAUGUGGCAUCAGCCAAUCCCUUUCGACAUUCAUUGAUGAAACAUACAGUCAUUCAUAGAAAUGGGGUCAACCCCACCCUUCCUUGUAACCUAGGAAUUCCUUAGUAAUAGUUUCUAUUGGUGGUUUCUUGAAUAGGCUUUAAUGUGACCGCUUAGUGUUACUUUCAAUGGUAAAAUACUUUAACUGUUAAAAAAAAAAAAUGGUGCAAUAGUGAAUAUAGAUUAUGCCUGCUAUCUUACAGAAGCUUGUAGAAUGUUGUUUGAAGUCUGUCUAUGAAGAUUUAUACAUUUAUGGAUUUCUUUUGGGGUGAAACAGAUUAUCAUUAAUUAAUAGUUGUAUUUGCCUUAUAACUUGUGUACAAAACUGAAGAGUAAAAUUUUGGACACCAAACAUGUUUUGGCUGAUUGUAUUUGGGAAAAGAUGGAAAAUUGUGUAAAUUACAUUAAUUAUUUUAAGAAUACCAACUGAUUCCAUCUAUCAGUUACCUCAUAAAAACAUAAUUCUACUAAUGAAUCUAAAUUGCAAUAUAAAAGAUAAGUGUUUUUAUAAUAAACAAGUUACUUAUUGCACUGGCAUGUACUGGCCAAACCAGACUAUCAGGUUUCUAAAAACACAAUGGCUCUGCAUCCUGAAUUUGUCCAUGGUUUACCAAUGCCUUGAAGAGCUCUCUUUAAGUGCUAGCUAUCUGAUAUGAUCCUUUAUAGCGACAUUUUCUGAACAGGGUGAUCAUGGACACUAAUGUGUACUAGAACUCUAUAAAGUCAAAUCAGAUUAUCAUCCAUCUAUAGAUGUAUGAAUAUUUUGGCAAUAAAUUGUUCUGUGUUUAUAUGAGAUUUCAGAAUUUAUUGUCCCUACUUCAGAAUCAGGGAAGGUGCUACACUUGAAAUUGGGAUUUAUCUAAAUAGGCGCUUGGAUGCAUAUGACUCACUUUCAGAAUAUGUUCUGGCUUUAAGUGGUGCAAUGCAAAUUUACUGCCAUUCUAGGUUCUUUGGUUACUAGGUGAAAAACAAAAUCCAAUAUAAAUUGCAAAAUUUAACCAAGAGCAAUAUUUUUUAAAAAUUAAUGAACUGAACAAUCAUUUCUUUUUUUUGUCCUCAGUUAACCAACAUGUCUUUAACAAACAUGUCUCCUGUAAAUUUACAGGGUGUGUCUGUUCAUGUAUGGAACAUGUGAAUAAAGACAGCUCUAUUAUUAUAUGCUGGAUGUCUUCUGUAUUUUUACAAAAAAGAUGUGCAUUAUUAGUCUCGUAAUUCUCGUUUGCACUUCAGUUCAAUAGCAGUGAGCUUUUAUGCCAUUCUAGCUGAAAGUUCUGACUCCUACUCUAGGCCUCUGUGUGGUUCUAGCAUUGUACACCAUUGUAUCCUGAUAACCAGUUCUUGUGCUUCCAGAAGCAGUUGGAUAAAGUGUUUCAGUCAAGACCAGAUCAUUUUUACACCACAGUUCAUCAGUACUCUGAGGUCCCAUUCUGGGAGUUUGUGCCACUUCAUGGUGAAUCUCCUUAAUAAUGUCAUUCAGGGCAGUUGGGGCAGCUGUAGCAGUACAGAGAUUUGAAGGUCACAAAAUAAAUGUUCUAAGUUUCCAUGCUCUUUCACUGUGGGAAAAAAUGUAUUGUACAGGUACAUUUAUGUUCCUCAAGGUACAGUGUUUAAGCAUUGUCAAAGGCUCAUUUAAGUAACUUCAAAAAGUCAUCACUGUUAACUUCAUUAGGUAGAAUAAAUGUACCAUAGUUGUGUUGUCGAGCAUACCAACCCAGUGAAGUCUUCAGUUUGAUAUCUUUUUUUUUUCCCCUGAGAAUGUUAAGUAGGCUAUGACUUCUUUGGGCCACUUUAAUUAAAUGGGUUUUAUCCAAAUCUCAGUAACCUAAAUAAUGUCAACUUAAAGCUACCUACAUUUUUUAAUGGAAUGUUCUGAAUGUACAUUAUAGCACAGCGCAUCUAGUUUGGGUUCAAUGGGUGGAAAGUUCAUGAAUGAAAUGCUAAAUAGCUCUAAUAAGUUAAACUGUUGGUUCAUAUUUGCCUAGUGUGUCUAAUAUUUGAAUACCUGGACUGGGUUCAUAAAAUAAAUGACUUUAUUGAGCACAAGGGAGUUAGUGGAUUUAAAAAUAAUAAAUAAAUAAAUAAAAACACUGGAAGUGUUGCUGUGUCACAGCUCCAGGGUUCCGUGUUUGAUCCUGAGCUUGGGUUACUGUUUCCCAUGUUCUCAGCCUGUUGCAAAAACGACCCACAUAGGUGGACUGGCUAUUCUAAAUUGGCCCCUGGUGUGAAUGUGUGUGUGCACAUGUGUGGUGCCUUGUUAUGGACUGGCGUCCCAUCCAGGGUGUAUUCCCAUUCUCACCUUAUCCAGUGGAUGAGCUCUAUGAACAUCUGACCGGGAUAAAGCUGGUACUGAUAAUGAAUGGAAGGGGGUGCUGCAAAAAAAAAAAAAAAAAAAAGUUUGAAAAGCAUUUGCCUAAACCUAUUGAGUUCUUCAAGUCACUCAUCACAGUAGUCCACAGAUUCCCAAUCCUUGCCCAUGAGAAUCCCCUGUCCUGCACAUUUUAGUGUUCUCCCUGUACACCUGAUUCAACUAAUCAGCUCAUUAAAAGCCCUUCCUCAGCUGAAGUGGGUUUGUUAGAGCAGGGAAAACACUAAACUGUGUAGGACAGGACCAGGGUUGAGCAAAUGGGAAUAAAUUCUUAUCACCGCUUGAGAUCUUGUAUAAAGUCUAUUCUUUUGCUAUAGUUUAAAAAAAAAAAAGGCUGCACAGAAAAACAUUAAUUAGCGCAUCCCCUUCACAAUCCUAAACGAUACAGAGUGCCCUCCUGUGGCCAAAGGACGCGUUGCUGCAAUGAAGCACCCGGAAGCCGUUCACCGGAAGUUCGUGCAUGGUUUAAAAGUGAAGCGGGCUUUUGGAUUAGUCCUGAAUUUUACCCGAUUUACAUAACACAUGCAGUCCACUGUGAGAGCAGUUGCUCUCAACUCUGGAACACAGAUUCCUCUCUUGGGUCUGGGCACAUACAAGCUGCACACUUAUGGAGAGCUGUACAAGUCCCUCAGUGCUGCUCUUGAUGCAGGCUAUCGUGCCUUUGAUACGGCUGCAGCAUACGGCAACGAAGGUCAUCUAGGGCAAGUCCUCAGGGAACUCCUGCCCAAGCAUGGCCUUGUGCGUUCAGACGUAUUCCUCAUCAGCAAGCUUGGACCAGAAGACCAUGGUCCCAGAGCCAAAGAGGGCUGCUUGCGGAGUCUGCAUCAACUGGGUUGUGAAUACAUAGACCUGUAUCUGGUGCACUGGCCUGGAGUUGUGGGUUUAGAACCAACAGAUCCCCUUCAUGCCAAGUAUCGCUCGCAGACUUGGGCUAUCCUGGAGGAACUCUAUGAUAGUGGGAAGUUCAAAGCCAUAGGGGUCUCGAACUACACUGCGAGACAUCUUUUAGAGCUGCGAGACAGCUGCCGUGUGCCUCCAGCAGUGCUGCAGAUGGAGUGUCACCCGAAACUUGUACAAAGACAACUCAGGGACAUAUGCAAAGAGGCAGGCGUUCACUUCCAAGCGUACUCUUCUCUCGGAAAGGGUGCACUCCUGGAGGAUCCGGAGGUGAAGGACGUGGCUGAGAGCUGCGGACGAACUCCAGCUCAGGUGUUACUCCGGUGGGCCGUUCAGCAGGGCAUCUCUGUUCUGCCUCGCUCAUCACAGCCACAAAGCGUUCAAGAAAACAGCAGAAUCUUUGACUUUGAGCUGAGUGAAAAAGAAAUGCGGAGACUGUGUGCCCUGAACUGUGAAACUAGGUAUUGUACGAGAGAUUCAACCUCUAUUCAAUAAUAAAGUUGUUAUAAAAAGAUUUCUGUAAUUGCGUAAUGAUUCAGGGUUUAAAUAUGCCUGAUAUGCCUCUCUACCCCUCUGUAUGAAGUUGGCUAUGGUUGCUUGUAUUACUUUUGUAAAGUGCCCCUGGUCUGUAUUUUAAUAAAAUUAUUUUUGUUGCUCAGCA